UCCAGCACGUUUCAUGCAGCAAGCACAGUUAUUGUCCCUUUUUGUUAGGAUCGCAUCAAACCGGAUUGCUGUUCGUUUAGCAAAAACUACUGAAUUGGACCAUGCUGGCUAAUGGAGGAGGGAACUAGAGAAGCUUCCACUAGGGGUUCUUGCAGGUUGCAGAAAGUGUUGGAUACUUCCUUCUUGUCAAAGAAGAGCUCAGCUUCCUUCUAUUAGCCUUGCCAUCGUGAUGCCACAUUUCAUGGUCCUUAGCGAUGCCAGUUUCAGAGAAGGCAGCGAUUCCAUCUUGUUCGCUUGAGUUGGAUCCACUGUUGAGGGAUCUUGUUGAUAAGAAGCUGAGCUUGAGGAAGAAAGUGACUUCAAUGGCUGCAGAGCUCAAGGAUGCCAGGAACAAGCUUGCUUCACAGGAACUGCUAUUUGCUCAGGAAUCAGAAACUAGAAAGGUUGCCGAGUUGAAGGCAAGAAACUUAGAGGAGGAGGUGUGGAAGCUGCAGAAAUGCUUAGAGGACAAAGAUGAGCUGCUGCGUUUAUCGCUAUGUAGCACUGAACAGUAUCAUAACGAGUUGGAUGGUCUCAGAUCACAACUUUCGGUUACCCAAGCUACUGCAGAAGCCACCGCCGUGUCAGCCAUGAGAGUGCUGCUGCAUUGCUCAUCCUUGUUGGGAAAGCUGAAUGAUAAGGACAAUUCGCUGAGUGAGCGCGAACUUCCAGGGAACAAUUUAGCGGAGCAGGUCAAUCAUCUUCAUGGGUACCCCGAGGGCAGAGAUUACUCACGAAUGCAACUCAAAGGUUACUCUUUGAGAACCGAGUCUGACAUCACGGAUGCAUUUGCCAAAUCUGGGUUUGAUAACGAUAACGAGCUUCUGAAGAUUAUGUCUGAUGUUUCACCAAACAGUGAGAACAUUGACAAGGAUUUGAUUCUUGAGGAUGAUGGUAUUGCCAAGCUGAGAGUGGGUAUAAUGGUACUAUCUGCCCACUGGACAAACAAAAGCAAGGAACUGGAAUCACAGUUGGAUAAGCAUAGGAGGACAGUUCAGGAGCUGAAAAGGAAGGUACUGAAACUUGAAUUCGGCCUCCAAGAACCACGUUCUCGGUUGUGGAAACUCCAGAGGAUAAGAAAGAAAAGGGACAAAUCUCUUAAACUAAGAAAUCAGGUGGCCGUGGAGCAGCCCAGUGGCGGCGGCUCAGGCGACAAGCACAACCUCUGGGAGAGCUCAGUCUUUAAGCUCAUAGCUUCCAUGUCAAUGUUGGCCCUAUUUACGCUGGCGAAGCGAUGAACUCGUGUCCUGGUCUCGUUUUUGUGUACAAAAAAUCCAGACGUAGAUGUCGUAGUGUUAGGAUCAAUAGCUAGCUCAUGGUUUAGAAGAUAAACAUGCCAUGGAGCAAACAAUUUUUGCUUCACGAUUCCAGACCAAAUUUGCUGGCCUGCGAUGUAAUUUUGUUGCGCAGUCCAUGGUAAAUCAGUAAGACUAUACUGUUUCAGCCACA